AUGGUCGACUAUCACGCCGCCAACAACCAAUACUCGUCCGGCGGGCAACAGACCUACAUGGAACAGGAGAACGAUUGGGACCGGGACUUACUGCUGGACCCAGCAUGGGAGAAACAGCAAAGGAAGACGUUCACGGCGUGGUGCAAUUCCCACUUGCGCAAGGCUGGCACACAGAUCGAAAACAUCGAGGAGGACUUCAGGGACGGACUCAAACUCAUGCUGCUUCUAGAGGUCAUCUCAGGUGAGAGGUUACCCAAACCCGAGCGUGGCAAGAUGAGGGUGCACAAGAUAAACAACGUCAACAAAGCUCUGGACUUCAUUGCCAGCAAGGGAGUCAAACUGGUCUCCAUUGGCGCAGAAGAAAUCGUGGACGGAAAUGCCAAGAUGACCCUGGGAAUGAUCUGGACCAUUAUCCUCCGCUUUGCAAUCCAGGACAUUUCUGUUGAAGAGACGUCGGCUAAGGAAGGUCUACUGUUGUGGUGCCAGAGGAAGACCGCUCCUUACAAGAAUGUCAACGUGCAGAACUUCCACAUUAGCUGGAAGGACGGCCUCGCCUUCAACGCUUUGAUCCACAGACACAGACCAGAACUUAUUGACUACGACAAGCUCAGAAAGGAUGACCCGGUGACCAAUCUGAAUAAUGCCUUUGAGGUGGCUGAGAAGUACCUGGACAUCCCCAAAAUGUUGGAUGCAGAAGACAUUGUGAACACUGCUCGUCCAGAUGAGAAAGCCAUAAUGACUUAUGUGUCCAGUUUCUACCAUGCCUUCUCUGGAGCUCAGAAGGCUGAGACUGCUGCCAAUCGAAUCUGCAAGGUACUGGCUGUCAACCAGGAAAAUGAGCACCUGAUGCAGGAAUAUGAGAAACUGGCCAGUGAUCUCCUGGAGUGGAUCCGCCGAACCAUUCCUUGGCUGGAGAACAGAAAUCCGGAGAGAACCAUGUCCGAGAUGCAGCAGAAGCUUGAGGACUUCCGGGACUACCGUCGUGUCCACAAACCACCAAAGGUCCAGGAGAAAUGUCAGCUGGAGAUCAAUUUCAAUACACUUCAGACCAAACUGAGACUGGGUGGCAGACCUGCCUUCAUGCCAUCAGAGGGCCACAUGGUGGCGGAUAUCAACAGAGCGUGGCACACCCUGGAGGGAGCGGAGAAAGGCUACGAGGAGUGGCUCCUCAAUGAGAUUAGACGUCUUGAGAGAUUGGACCACUUGGCUGAGAAGUUCCGCCAGAAGGCCUCAAUCCAUGAAUCCUGGACCGAUGGCAAGGAAGCCAUGCUUACCCAGAGAGACUACGAGACCGCCUCACUGUCGGAGGUGAAGGCACUGCUCCGGAAGCACGAAGCUUUCGACAGUGACCUGGCCGCCCAUCAGGACCGAGUGGAGCAGAUUGCUGCCAUCGCGCAGGAGCUGAAUGAGCUAGACUACUACGAUGCGCCCAGCGUCAACGCUCGCUGCCAAAAGAUCUGCGAGCAGUGGGACAACCUUGGACAACUUACACAGAGGCGCAGGGACUCGCUUCAGAAAACUGAGAAACUGCUAGAGUCUAUUGAUGAGCUUUACCUGGAGUAUGCCAAGCGGGCAGCACCCUUCAACAACUGGAUGGAGGGUGCCAUGGAGGACCUGCAGGACAUGUUCAUCGUCCACAAUAUCGAGGAGAUCGAGAGUCUGAUCCGUGCUCAUGAGCAGUUUAAGGCCACCUUGCCUGAGGCCAACAAGGAGCGUGAGGCCAUCCUGGCCAUCCACAACGAGGUGCAGAAGAUUGCGCAACACAACGGCAUUAAGCUGAGCGGAACCAACCAGUACACAGCCAUCACUCCACAGAGCAUCGACAGCAAGUGGGAUCAGGCAGAGAAGCUGGUGCCUCAGCGUGACCGAGCCCUCCAGGAGGAGCUUCGCAAGCAGCAGUCCCACGACAACCUGAGACGCAACUUUGCUGAGCAAGCCAACGUGGUCGGUCCCUGGAUACAAAAUAAGAUGGAGGAAAUUGGCACGAUAUCCAUUGAGAUGAUUGGCACUCUGGAGGACCAGCUGACCAACCUGAAGGAGUACGAGCGGAGCAUUGUAGACUACAAGCCUAACAUCGACCAGCUUGAGGGCGUUCACAAGCUCAUCCAGGAGGCUCUUAUCUUUGACAAUACGUACACGCCCUACUCCAUGGAGCACAUCCGCGUGGGCUGGGAGCAGUUGCUCACCACCAUUGCCAGGACCAUCAACGAGAUCGAGAACCAGAUCCUGACACGUGACGCCAAGGGCAUCAGCCAGGAGGAGCUGUACGAGUAUCGGGCCUCUUUCAACCACUUUGACAAGGAUCACAGCGGGGCCCUCAUGGCUGAGGAAUUCAAAGCCUGUUUGAUCAGUCUGGGCUACGACGUGGAGAACGACAAGCAGAAGCGAUCGGGACAGAUGGUGGCAGAGGAUUACCGAGCUCUGCUCAUUUCUACAGGAAACAGCCUGGGCGACGCCGAGUUCGCCCGCAUCAUGGGCAUCGUGGACCCCAACAACACAGGCACAGUCACCUUCCAGGCCUUCAUCGACUUCAUGUCCAGGGAGACCACAGACACCGACACCGCGGACCAGGUCAUCGCCUCUUUCAAGAUCCUGGCUGCAGAUAAGAACUUCAUCACUGCCGACGAACUGCGACGGGAGCUCCCGCCCGACCAGGCCGAGUACUGCAUCGCUAGGAUGGCGCCCUACUCUGGGCCCGAUGCCGUCCCCGGCGCUCUCGACUACAUGUCCUUCUCCACUGCUUUGUACGGCGAGAGCGACCUGUAA